AUGAUUUUUCUAGUUUUUAUUUUUCCAAAAUUCAGUUUUGGAUGUUUGUCCUGCUCCAAGUUGUGCUUGUAAGUUUACUUAACGAAUGAAAAACAUUACCCGCGUGCGUCUGUGCGUUGCGGUCGGAAAACCGCGACGCACAGCCGCACGCGACUGACGAUGUAUCAUUUUUCUGAAGAUCUCCACCAUCACCUUAUUAUUACACCCCGCCAAAAUACUACGAACCAAAAUACGAUAAAUACUACGAGCCGAAAUAUUAUGAUAAGAAAGAAGAGAAGUACUACGAGGCUCCGAAACCUUACGCGGCAUCACAGACAAUCGCAACCGAACCACCGAAAUCGGAUAUUUUGCCGAUGUUGAAUUCAGUCGAAUCGGUUGGAGGAGUGAGUAAUAUCACACCAAAAACCGCCAUUGAUUAUAUGGAUGAGUUGGCGAUUAUUGAUAAUUAUAAAGAGAAAUCGACGAGUUCGGAAUCGGUUGAGAAAAUACAUGGGAAUAUGCGAUUGGAAGAGCAGGCGUUGGAAAAAAUGAAUGCGAAUGAGGAUUUGGGAAUUGAAGAAUUACAGAAUGUGGUGAGAAUUUGAAAUAUUUCUGGUUAAUUUUUCAUCACAAGAGACAAAUUUCAGACGCCACUUAUUGAAUUAGUUACUGAACAAGUUCGACCGAUUCGAAAUGAUCCACCAAUGAUGUUGGCUUUACCAAAAAUGCCAAAUUUAUCCGAAUAUGAUACAAUUAUGGCUGAAGAAGAGGAGGAUAUGACAACGGCUGUGAAAAAGGUAAAAAAAUGCUUGUAAGGUAUCAGAAAUUCUCGAAAAUUCUCUAGUAAAUUCCAUUUUUUCAGGAGCCGACUGGAUAUACGGUAUCAUACAAAGCGUCUUAUUGA